AUGUUUAUUGACAAGUCAAUUACUGUUAAUGAAUGGGCAACGGAAUUAGAUCCAAUGUACUCAACCUUAUCAACAUCAAAAAGAAAUAAAAUGAUACAUUACGCAAUAUAUGAUUGUUUUCCAGCAACAUGUUUAAUUCGACUUGUUACAUUAUAUUGGACAUUUCAACAUGUAACAAAAAUUAAUAUUCUUGAUUCAUUUCAGGCAUUACCACCAUCAUCACGAGCUAAUAACAACUCAGCAAAUACAAAUAUUAAUCAACGAAUAAUUGAGAAUAUUAAUGAUGAUAUUGAAUUAAUCUCCGAUGAUGAUGAUGAUGAUGAUGAUGAUGAUGAUGAUGAAAUAACAGUUAAUUAA